AAAUGCUUGGAGUGUGGAAAGAGCUUCAGUCAGAGUGGCCACCUUACUUUGCAUCACAGAACUCACACAGGAGACAAACCUUAUCAAUGCUUCGAGUGUGGAAAGAGCUUCAGUGACAGUAGCCACCUUACUUCGCAUCAAAGAAGUCACACAGGAGACAAACCUUAUCAAUGCUUUGAGUGUGGAAAGAGCUUCAGUCAAAGUAGCCACCUUACCUUGCAUCACAGAACUCAUACAGGGGACAAACCUUAUAAAUGCUUCGAGUGUGGCAAGAGCUUCAGUCACAGUAGCUCCCUUACUUCGCAUCAAAGAACUCACACAGGGGACAAACCUUAUAAAUGCUUUGAGUGUGGAAAGAGCUUCAGUCAGAGUAGCACCCUUACUUUGCAUCAAAGAACUCACACAGGGGACAAACCUCAUACAUGCUUGGAAUGUGGCAAGAGCUUCAGUCGCAGUGACACCCUUACUUUGCAUCAAAGAAGUCACAGAGGAGACAAACCUUAUCAAUGCUUGGAGUGUGGAAAGAGCUUCAGUGAGAGAUGCUCCCUUAAGGUGCAUCAAAGAACUCACACAGGGGACAAACCUUAUAAAUGCUUCGAGUGUGGAAAGAGCUUCAGUCGGAGUAGCACCCUUACUUUGCAUCAAAGAAGUCACACAGGAGACAAACCUUAUACAUGCUUGGAGUGUGGAAAGAGCUUCAGUCAGAGUGGCCACCUUAUUUUGCAUCAAAGAACUCACACAGGGGACAAACCUUAUACAUGCUUCGAGUGUGGAAAGAGCUUCAGUCAAAGUGGCCACCUUACUUUGCAUCAAAGAACUCACACAGGAGACAAACCUUAUAAAUGCUUGGAGUGUGGAAAGAGCUUCAGUGAGAGAUGCUCCCUUAAGGUGCAUCAAAGAACUCACACAGGGGACAAACCUUAUCAAUGCUUGGAGUGUGGAAAGAGCUUCAGUGACAGUAGUGCCUUUAGUAAACAUAAAAGAAUUCACACAGGGGACAAACCUUAUCAAUGCUUGGAGUGUGGAAAGAGCUUCAGUGAGAGAUGCUCCCUUAAGGUGCAUCAAAGAACUCACACAGGGGACAAACCUUAUCAAUGCUUGGAGUGUGGAAAGAGCUUCAGUAACAGUAGUGCCUUUAGUAAACAUAAAAGAACUCACACAGGGGACAAACCUUAUCAAUGCUUGGAGUGUGGAAAGAGCUUCAGUGAGAGAUGCUCCCUUAAGGUGCAUCAAAGAACUCACACAGGGGACAAACCUUAUCAAUGCUUCGAGUGUGGAAAGAGCUUCAGUCAGAGUUGCAGCCUUACUGUGCAUCGAAGAAGUCACACAGAAGACAAACCUUAUACAUGCUUGGAGUGUGGAAAAACCUUCAGUCUCUAUAGCACCCUUAGGACAAGGGGAAGCAGAGCUGGGCGAAUUCAGCAUACCGCUGGGACUGAGCGUCAGAUCCCCUGGGGACCUCCCUGCAGCCGCUUCGUAAUGGGUGCUGGAAAGCAAGGGGCCCAGAUGGAGGCCAGAGUGACACCACCACUGAAACGCCUUGGGGUCGAACAGAAGCCUCCCCUCAAUGCCACCAUCUGA